CCCGGAGCGGGGCCCGGGCAGCAUGGCCUUGGCCGCGGGGGUGGUGGGGAGACGGGGCCUCGGCGGCGGCGUCCCCCCCGCAACGCUCCUCCUCCUCCUCCUCCGGCGCGGCUACCGCACCGAGCGGGGCGUGUACGGCUACCGGCCUCGGAAGGCCGACCACGGCGACACCCGGAGGGCACCGGCCCGCCCGACAGUUGAUCAUGGCCUUGCCCGUUUAGUAACAGCGUACUGUGAACAUGGACAUAAAGCUGCCAAAAUUAACCCUCUAUUUACUGGACAAGCAGUGACGGAGAGCGUGCCAGAAAUCCAAGCUCUCACUGAGACGCUUCAAGGCCCUUUUAAUACCACAGGGUUGCUGAACAUAGGGAAGGAAGAGGCCUCCCUUGAGGACGUGUUAGCCUACCUCAAUCAUAUCUUCUGCGGACAAAUCUCUAUCGAAACAGCCCAGCUGCAGAGCCAGGAGGAGAAAGACUGGUUUGCUAAGAGGUUUGAGGAGUUGAAAAAAGAGACAUUCACGACCGAAGAGCGAAAACACUUGUCCAAACUAAUGUUGGAAUCUCAGGAGUUUGAUCACUUCCUGGCCACCAAAUUUGCCACAGUCAAGCGAUAUGGUGGUGAAGGGGCUGAGAGCAUGAUGGGUUUUUUCCAUGAGUUGUUAAAGAUGGCAGCCUACAGCGGAGUGACGGAUGUCAUCAUUGGGAUGCCCCAUCGAGGGAGGCUUAAUCUUCUCACAGGUCUGCUACAGUUCCCACCUGAGCUGAUGUUCCGAAAAAUGCGAGGUUUGAGUGAAUUUCCUGACAACUUUUCUGCCAUCGGAGACGUUCUGUCCCACCUGACUUCCUCCGUGGAUCUGGACUUUGGAUCUCACCGGCCUCUCCAUGUCACCAUGUUGCCCAACCCCUCCCACCUCGAAGCUGUCAACCCGGUGGCGGUCGGCAAAACCCGUGGGAGACAACAGUCCCGGCUGGAUGGGGAUUAUUCCCUAGAUGUUUCUGCUCAGCCAGGGGACAAAGUAAUCUGCCUACAGGUUCACGGUGAUGCUUCUUUCUGUGGUCAAGGGAUUGUUCCUGAAACGUUUACCCUCUCUAAUCUCCCACAUUUCAGAGUUGGUGGAAGUAUCCAUCUGAUUGUUAAUAACCAGCUUGGUUACACGACUCCAGCAGAAAGAGGACGGUCUUCCUUAUAUAGUAGUGACAUUGGUAAGAUUGUUGGGUGCGCUAUCGUUCAUGUCAACGGGGACGACCCUGAGGAGGUGGUCCGGGCCACCCGGCUGGCUGUCGAAUACCAGCGACAGUUCCGCAAGGAUGUGAUUGUGGAUCUGCUGUGCUACCGCCAGUGGGGCCACAAUGAACUGGAUGAGCCCUUCUUUACCAAUCCAGCCAUGUACAAGAUUAUCAGAUCCCGGAAGAGUAUCCCAGACACAUACGCAGAGCACCUCAUAGCCCACAGGCUCAUGACCCAAGAGGAGGUAGCUGAACUGAAGACCUCCUAUUACACUAAGUUGAAUGACCAUCUGGCCAACAUGACACUCUACAGUCCACCUGCCACCAACCUGCAGGCCCACUGGCGAGGUCUGGUGGAGCCAUCUGCCAGGAUAACGACCUGGGACACCGGCGUGCCUAUCGACCUCCUGCAGUUUGUUGGCGUGAAGUCAGUGGAGGUGCCCGAGGAACACCAGAUGCACAGCCACCUCCUGAAGAUGUACGCUCAGUCCAGAAUAGAGAAAGUGAAGGAGGGGGUGAAGUUGGACUGGGCCACAGCAGAAGCUUUGGCUUUGGGCUCAUUACUUGCUCAAGGUUUUAAUGUCCGUCUGAGUGGUCAGGAUGUUGGCCGGGGAACUUUCAGUCAGCGUCACGCCAUGGUGGUGUGUCAGAAAACUAAUGACACCUUCAUCCCCCUGAACCACAUGUCGCCUGAACAGAAGGGCUUCCUCGAGGUAAGCAACAGCCCAUUGUCCGAAGAGGCCGUGUUGGGUUUUGAAUAUGGGAUGAGCAUCGAGAGUCCCAAGUUAUUGCCUCUCUGGGAGGCUCAAUUUGGCGAUUUCUUUAACGGCGCCCAGAUCAUAUUUGACACGUUUAUCUCUGGAGGUGAAUCUAAGUGGCUCCUACAGAGUGGCAUUGUGAUUCUUCUUCCUCAUGGCUACGAUGGUGCUGGGCCUGAUCAUUCCUCCUGCCGAAUGGAGCGCUUCCUGCAGAUGUGUGACAGUGUGGAAGAGGGAGUGGACGGAGACAAUGUGAACAUGUUUGCAGUGCACCCAACAACACCAGCCCAGUAUUUCCACUUGCUCCGGAGGCAGAUGAUCAGAAACUUCCGGAAGCCCCUGAUUGUUGCCUCCCCUAAAAUGCUCCUCAGGUUCCCUGCUGCUGUGUCCAGUCUUCAAGAAAUGGCACCAGGGACAACAUUCAGGCCCGUCAUUGGAGAUUCAUCUGUGGAUCCUAAAAAUGUGAAGAGGGUGGUAUUCUGUUCUGGCAAGCAUUUCUACGCUCUAAUGAAGCAGAGAGAAUCCUUGGAGAAGAAGCAUGAAUCAGCCAUCAUCCGAGUAGAAGAACUGUGUCCUUUCCCACUGGAAGCAUUGCAGCAGGAAAUGAGCAAAUACAAAAAUGUUAAAGACUUUAUUUGGAGCCAAGAAGAACCUCAGAACAUGGGCCCGUGGUUCUUUGUGUCACCAAGAUUUGAAAAACAACUAGCCUGUAAGCUGCGUCUCGUGAGCCGACCUUCCUUACCAGCCCCUGCGGUAGGAAUUGGCACCGUCCACCAAAAGCAGCACGAAGAUAUUCUCACCAAGACCUUUGCAUAAGCUUUUCUUUCCAGGAACACUGCUUUUUGAGAAAUAGUGCUAGGAAACGGUCUUGAGAGUCUCGGUUUUCACCGGAAAUAAAGAGUUCCAGGGCUGGGUUUUACUGAAAUGUGAGAAUUGCUGAUGGGCUGGGGUGGACUUUCCACAGUAGCCUAAUUGGACAAAAAUAAACAAAAAACCAGA